UACUCCCAAAGAGGCACCGGGACCGGGAGGUUCUCUAUAUAAAAUGAGCAUCAAAAUAUACGUGAAUGGAGAAGAACCUGAAAAAAAAAGGUCUCUUGACCAGAAAAACUGAAGUAAAACCCAUCGUGCAUGCCUCAUCAUACCUUCGCGUACGUGCAUUCCACCAACCUAAGCCAACGGGACACCAUCUCAAAAACCCCGGGCCCUCUCCUCAAAGCAUCACAGGACGAUGCCAGACCAUCGCGCUAUCUCGGCACCGAACGCGUCCACCACCAAGCCGGCGACGGCCAUGAUGCGGUACGCCACGCCGCAGUCCACCCCGCCGAUGUCGCCGCUCCACGGUACGGCGACGCCUCGCACUCCCGGCGCGUACUCUGAGAUGCCGCCGCCCUCGCCACGGCCCGCGAUCACGCUCACCCCGCCCCCGUCCAAGAAGAAGCAGCGCCGCACGGCCGCGCGCUCGCUCCGCGCCAUCCGCGCCGUGCGCGCGCUGUUCCGGUCCCUCCCGAUCCUCGCCCCGGCGUGCCGCUUCCACGGCAUCGUCCCGCGGCACGGCGGGCCGUCGCGGAUGCACGACGGCCACGUCAGCGGCGCCUCGCGCACGACGGGGACGCUGUUCGGGUACCGCAGGGCGCGGGUGACGCUGGCGGUGCAGGAGACGCCCGGGAGCGUGCCCAUCCUGCUGCUGGAGCUGGCGAUGCAGACCGGCAGGUUCAUGCAGGAGAUGGGCGCCGAGCACCUGCGCGUGGCGCUCGAGUGCGAGAAGAAGCCGCCGGGCGCCGGCGCCGGCAUCGGCCGCACGCGCCUGCUCGACGAGCCGCUGUGGACGGCCUACGUGAACGGGCGGAAGAUCGGGUACGCCAUGCGCCGGGAGCCCACGGAGGACGACCUCACGGUCAUGCAGCUGCUGCGCACCGUGUCGGUCGGCGCCGGCGUGCUGCCGAACGACGUCAUGGGUUGCGACACCGCCGAGGGGCAGGAGGCCGGCGACCUGGCGUACAUGCGCGCGCGCUUCGACCGCGUGGUGGGGUCCCGGGACUCCGAGUCGCUGUACAUGCUCAACCCUGACGGGAACAAUGGGCCAGAGCUUAGCAUCUUCUUCAUUAGGAUAUGAUGAUCAAGCUUAUGGCAGUUUCUGAUUUUUUGCAUUACUGAGAUUUUGGAACUAUGAGGCUGAUUUUGUUGUCUGGGUGAAAAUGGGAGGUGCCAGUAUGCUUUUGUUUGUAUGAUAUGAUAGUUGCCUUCGCCCCCAAAGACUCAUUUUCUAAGCAUGUGUAGAAGCAGCAUUAUUCAGGAAUAAAAAUUGUGUUUGCGGAAUUGAUGCAUCUACGACUGAACUAGCAAAUUUGGAAACAACUGAAA